ACGCUCGAGAAUUGGUGUGCUAUGUUACCGUUCCUCAAGAAAUACUGAUUUGACAGGUGGCGAUGGUGCGGAUGGCGACGGAUGGAAUGCUGCGGAAAUCGAAGCGCCACGAGUACCGCCACGUAAUGGACGCGAUGCGGCGCAUACGGCACGAGGAGGGCCUGUGGGCGCUGUGGUCCGGCUCUCUCCACAGCGUGGUGCGCACCGUGCUCAGCCUCGGUGUCUCCAUGCCCUUCUAUGCCGGCAUGCGCUCCUCACUCAUCGCCUCUGGAAUGGCACCAGACAGCGCUAGCCUGCACUUCUGCUGCAGCGCAGGCACAGGACUCAUAGCUUCCGUAGUCACCUUGCCCAGUGACUUCGCCAAGACAAGGAUUCAAUGUUCAGACCACACGAGGUGCCACACGGAGUCGGCUGUGAAAUUGCUCCGUACAAUGACAAAGUCGCAGGCCAUCCGCACUAUAUAUAGUGGUCUGCCGCCGUACGCUGAAAAGAUCCUGCUACAGUCGGCGCUGGCUGCGGUUUUCUACGACCACCUGGCGGAAGUGUACCGCUGGCUGUCAGGCACGCGCGCACCAUCUGGCGGCGGCGUAGACACUUAGAACCUCGUUCCUGGCGCCACCAGUCAACAGCUGGUGCCUAGUUUCUCCUUGCACCGGCGUUGUACAUCAACUCAUAAUCGUGUGGUGUUUCAAUAAUCGUGUACGACAAAACAUGUUUGUCACAAGCAAAACGAUCGUGGACUUUAAACAUUUAUAAGCCGUGGCCAUCGACCAAGAACUCCUACAAUUUUCAAUGUCAGGCGCUUCUUGUCUUGUACAGUUAUAAACAAGGAUAUCGAUUUAAACAACUUAAAGAAUAUUCAUGAAGCUCUAUUCGCCUUGUGCUUUAUGGAAAAAGAAGUAUAUAUUAGAGGUAGUGCACUGGAAGAUAGAACUAAGUAAACGUCGAUUUGACAUGACCAUUAUUUAUCUUGGAAGGAACGUUGAGCUUGUUAGUGAAGAGAG